AAAUUAAAACAAUUUAUCGAAAAUUAAGUAAUUAAAUUAAAUAAAAUUUAAAAACAUUAAACUUAAAAUCAUCACUUUCAUUUCACCCUUCACGAGACCAAAAUAAAAAUUGUAGAUGAUUAAAAUUUCUGACGGUAGAUGUCACUUAUUACUUGCUAAGAUACCAUGAAUGUUUAUAAUGAUAAUAAUAUGGAAAUAUUGCAGGAAGUUGAAAGUUACAAUCAAAAAGCGAGUGAUAAUGAGAAUGGUAUAAAAUUUAAAAUCAAUUUGAAGCCGAGAGAUCAAAUAGACUUUAUGGAUUUACAAAUGGCAGAAAGCUUAAAAAAACAGAAGAAACAAAACUUUUUGGAGGAAAAAAGAAGACAGCAGUUGCGUGAAAAUACGGAGGAACUAAAGGAACUAGAAAUGAAAUUGAGAACUGCUUAUAUAUCCAAAGGUUUAGCCGCACAAAUUUCAGAAAGAGAGUUUCUAAAAGCAAAAGAAAAAGAAAAGCAAAAUUACGAAAUUGAAUUGGAGGAAAAAGCCAGAAUAGAAAGAGAAGAAAGUGAAAGACGUAGAGAAGAGUUAGAUAAACACAAAAAACUAGUACUUAUGGCAGAAUUGAAAAAGCAAAUUAAGCAAAAUGAACAUAAAAAAACUUUAAAAAUUGAAGAAUAUAUAGAGGAAAAGAAAAUAAUAGAUAAUAUUGCACGAAAAAUUUUGAAAGAACAACAUGAACAACAAAAGUGUAAAAGCCAGAAACGUUUAGAAAUUCACAAAGAUGCAGAAGAAUUUUUUAGAGUCCGUCAAAUGCUAGAAGUAGAGAAGCUUGAAGCUGAAAUUGAAGAAAAUAAAAAAAUCGAAGCUUUGCAAAAGGAAAGAGAUGAAUAUGAGAAAAAAGAAAAAGAAAAAAAACUAGUUCAACUUUCAGAGAGACAGCAAAUAAGUGAAAAUUUGGGAAAAAAAUUAAAUAUGAACGAACGGAUGAAAUGUAAGAGAAUGGCUGUGCUUGAAGAUUUGUUAGUAGAAGAAAAGGCAGCUCGCGAUGAAGAGUUAGAAAGAAAACAGCUUGCAGAAAAUUUAAAAAAGCAAAUGGAAUAUAGGCUAGGACUAUUUGCUUUACUAGAAAGUAAUAAACAGAGGGCACAAGAACAAGUCAGGCAGGAUAGUUUAUAUCAUAACAUAUUGUUAGAAGAACUAGCCAAAAAAGACCAGUUGGAAAAAGUUAAGGAAGAACAAAAGAAACAAAAAACUCUAUUGCAUAAACAAGCAUUUCUUGAAGAUUUAGAUUUAAAGGUUCAACUACGUGCUUCAGAACUUUCUGAAUUACUUAAUCAAAGAGAAAAUGAUAUACGAGAAAGUCAGAGAAAGGAACAACUUAUUGAAGACGAAAGAAUUAAAAUGCUUCAAGAACAUGCUUCAGUACUUCAAGGAUUCAUCCCGCCAGGUGUUUUCAAAAGAAAUGACAAGGAAUUCCUUCCGUUGUCAUCAGAGGCAAAUCUUAAGUAGGCAAUAUUUUAAAAACACUACUUUAACCGUCCAUUGUUUUAAGUUUUUGCAUUUAAUAGAAUUAUCAUAUUAAAAAAGCAAAUAAAAUCACAAUACUUGAAAAAUGCAAGUAGAAAUUUGAAAGAUGCAAGUAUACACAUAAGUACAUAAAAUGUUAUACUUAUAUACAGCUUGAUUGAGUAAUCAGUCCUUUGACAUAUUUAUAUGAUUUAUGGCAUCAAAAAAGAGUAAAAUCUCUGUUUUAACUGGGUGUAAAAUUUCGACAGUUUUUGAAAGUAGUCUUAAUAAACUUUCACAUAUUUCUA